CCGAAGGCCUGCAAGCCGCUCGGUGCUUCGGCCACCAAACAAACUGUCAGAUGCUGCGGACUCGCAAGGAGGUCGGCUGCGUGCUUUUGUUGGCGGUGGCAUUUGUUUGCAACAUUGGCCUCAACAACCUGAGCUUGUCUAUUCUGGACAUUUCUGUCCACCUCAUCAUUCGCACCGCGGGUGCCUUAGUGAACCUUGCCAUCGAGUUUGUGGCGCAGCCUGUCUUGACCAACAUCACCGGCGAGGAGGCGAAGUGGCCUCAAGUAAGCGGCCGGGACUUGCUGCUGACUCUGCUGGGUACCUUCUUCGCAGGCCUUGUAGUUUGCAGCAAGCUCACCAGCUUCUCUUCGUCGGGCUCGGCUUGGACCUACUACGUUGGCAUCGGGGUGUGUUGCCUGUCAAUGAUCGCUUCGGGCAUCGAGCUCAUCGUUGUGAGGACCCUUAGUACUCAGUUGAAGAUGAACGCUUUGGAGGCCAUUCUGAACAUGUCCUUGCCGGCAUCCCUGCUACUUCUGCUGCCGGUUUUCUUCUUCCGACACUCAGUCUCCUGGCCGGGUUCGUCUCCUAUGACCGAUUGGCAGGUUCUGCAGCAGGUCUGGCAGACCAGCAAGUUGGGCAUCGGUCUUGGUGUGCUUUCUGGCGUCUUCGCCACACUGUACAAUGUUAUGUUGUAUACCUUGAGUUCAAAGUUUCAGUCCCAUGUGAUUUCCAUGGCCGGCAACUUCAACAAGAUCGCACUGAUGUUCCUGUCCAUCUACCUCGGCUUGGAGUACCUGCCAGAAAGACCAUGGUCCGAGGUGAUGAUUGCUGGAAUUCUUGGCAACGGGCUUGCCUUCAUGAUCAUGGGUCUUCUGAAGGCACGGGAGGUUCCAGCGCCAAAGGCGGAGGCUGUGCCAGAAGUCACCGUCGCCAAGACCAACCAGGCCUGCAUCUUUCGCAAUAAUUCCAUGCUGAUACAGCAUAUAGAACUAUAG